AUGCCGGCCGCUUCACAGUACCCUGCAAUUUUGGUGUCACGAGCGCUGGCCGAGCUGGCCAUCUUCGACCGCGAAGGCUUCUUUGUACUGGUGCUCGACGUUGGCGACGUGGACGCGCUUGUGAUUCGCAUCGAUCGUGUUGUGGAAGAGUUCGUCGAGGCCAAUCCCGAAGUGGCCGAGGCGCUGAUCGAGCAGGCUACCGAGAACGUCAAGACGGCAGGCGAACCGAUGGCGACGAUCACCGAGCUGCCGGACCUGGGCGACCCUCCUUCGCCAGUGGACUCAGACAUCGAUGCUAUGAUGGCAGACAUGAUGUCGCAGCUCUUCACGCGAUCGGAGCAGUCCCAGCAGGAAUCGACUCAGCAGGAUGGAGAUCGGGCUUAG